CCGAAAACCCUUUCUGACUGCCUUCAUUCUCAGCCCUCGCUUACUCCUCGCUCCCGCAUUACCAGCCAAACAGUACCGUGACGCAAAUUGCUUAAACUGAAACUACUAUGGACCAUCAAUACACUCCAGAUCUAUCGGGCACCUGUGAUCCUUCCAGGCCCAGUUCAAGGACUGCUUUGCCCGCGAAAGGAGAUGAUGACCUCCCUGACGAUGAGUCCAUUUACUCUGACGAUGAGUCCACUUGCUCUGACGGUGAUUCUAUCUGCUCUGAAUGCAGACAAGUGGACUGGGACAGUCUCGCCGCCCGAGGUGAACAUUUUCGGGAGGAAAGUGAACCAUCAGUACUAUUUACUAAAAGGGUAACUCGUGAGCAACUCGCCAUAUCGCGCUGCAGGAUUUGCCGCGUUCUCUCGAUCCUCGAAUUUCAUGGCCGCUUCGAACAAUCCGUUAAAGCUCGGCCAUUCUCGCGGUGCCUGAAGUAUGCCAUGCCAGAUGUGUGGCUCGACACCAAGACCACAGUCCUCCAAAUCUCUCAGGGAAAAAGUCUCGCAGUCAUCGGGAAGGAUGCCCUGGACUCGGGCUCGAGAACGAUACCUCCAAGUUUCACCGACUAUCAUUGGCUGCGGCAUCUGGCACAGUCGUGUGAGGAAAAUCAUAAGCAGUUUUGCGGGCCCAGCUCACUCGGCCCAGUCGCUGGUCUCAAGGUCAUCGAGGCCUCGUCGCGUACUGUUAUCGAAGCGCCAGCUGCAUGUAGAUACGUGGCCCUAUCGUAUGUCUGGGGUCAACAGCCGGAAGUUACCCAAAGCGUGACAUCUGAUUUAAAUAAACCCCCAGCGCUGAUUGAAGACGCACUUGCAGUCACCGUCGCUAUGGGUUAUGAUUAUUUGUGGAUUGACAAAUAUUGCAUCCCACAAAAUGAUAAUCAAGAGAGGCAUCGCAUGAUCAACAAAAUGAGCCAGAUAUAUGCGAAUGCCUCCCUUACAAUCGUUGACGCGUCCAAAGGAGAUGCGUGUGUGCAGAACGGCCUCCCUGGUGUCUCUAGUCUUGCCCGUCAAACCCCAAACUGUGCCUAUAUCCGCAACACUGCUAUAUUGGAAGUACCUUGUGGUUCGAUUGAGGUAGACUCCAGCACGUGGGCGACUAGAGGUUGGACAUACCAAGAGGGUUACUUUUCUAAGAGGCGCCUUAUCUUCACGCCCAGCCAAGUUCUCUUCCUCUGUAACGGAAGCUAUGCAGAGGAGUCUAUAUGUCGAUUAUCAAACCAAAUUGUUACGAAUGACGAUGUCUCCGCGGAGGACUUUCAGUCUGUCACGGUUACCAAUAAUGGCACUACGAGAAGGGGAAACUACACGACAAUGUUGCAAGAAUACAGCCGAAGAGACCUCACCUAUGCUACGGACUCAUUGGCCGCUUUUCUUGGUGUUCUCAACUUCGAAAUCGAUCGACUACGUCGGCUACCAACAGCAAUUAUGCAUAUUUCUUGUGGCCUCGUUGCCCAAAUGGAAGGCAGUGCGAACUGUCUUCGAGUCGACUUGAAUUGGUACCACAAAGAUCCUCCGAAAAGACGACUCGGAUUCCCGACCUGGUCAUGGGCAGGGUGGGCUGGGCAUUUGGAAUUCGACACUUUCGGAAGAGGCAUCAAACUGGAUAAGCGCAAGGAUAACUCAGAUUUCCCACCUCAUCUCGAAUGGGAAAUAUCCUGGAAGUCCAAGGACCACAAGACAGUGUCUGUUUGGGAACUCGCCAACGAAUUUUGGAGCACGUCAUGUAGUACCGACGAGCUACAAAUGCAUCAGCAACCGGAUUACCCAAACCGGCUGGAUAUCACAUGUUUUUUUGUGCCCAUACGCUUUCAAGUCGUUUCAUUGACGGAAAUCGAGAGGAGUGAACGGACCGAUAUUCAGUUCGAAAAGCCGGGGCAGAGAACAGAUCCUAGCUGGACAGACCCCGCUGCUGAGAGUGUGCCUGUUUUACAACACAUGGAAGGGGUUAUUAACAUUGCCAGCGAGGCGUACCUGGAUCAGGAUAUACAUCCACAAGACUGCAUAAUUGGCCUCAUGUACGACGAAGAAACUGAUUCCUGUUUUUCUUUAUGUUGUCUUUUGGCUCGACAGUUGAGCGAGGGUACCUAUGAGCGGGUGGGAGUUAUUCCCUACCUCUGGGGCUGCAGUCUAUGGGAAGCAGGCCCCCCACCCCCAACUGCUUUCUUGGAAGACAAUGGUCGCAUAUUAAAUGUGGUUAGGGUGUCAGGAACGUUAGAGGAGUUGCUCUUCAGAGUAACUGGUGAGAGGAGGACAAUUUCCUUGGUAUGAAUUAACGAACCGGAUAGAGAAUUGCACGGUUCUCUUUUCCGUCACUGUAUGAAGACGCCACGUACAUUUUACAUGUAUGGGGAUUAAAAACAAAACCACUUGGAUUAGGUCACCUCUCUUUUCC